AUGCAAACUCUCAACUCCUCCUUUCGUUUCCAUUUUCGCCUGCACGUCAAUUUCCCUCCCAAACCUCUCAAAUUCGCCUCCAUUUCAGCUCUUUUCUUCUUCUUCUCCUCCUCGCCCACAAAAAAACCCACAAACCCUUUUCUCCAAAAUUACCUCGUUCAAUCCUUUAAUUUUCCCCCUGAAAGGGCCCUCUCCGUCUCCUCCCAGUACCACUACAUCAAAACCCUCGAAAAGCCCCUCUCAGUUCUCCAAUUUCUCCGCUCUCUCGGCCUCUCUGUACCCCACAUUCGCUCCUCCGUUCGCGUGACUCCCAACAUCCUCUUCUAUGACGUGCCAAAGACGCUGAAGCCGAAAAUCGACUUCUUUCGGCAACUGGGUCUGGUGGAUUCUCACCAUCUGGGUAAGUUUCUUUCCAUAAAUUCCAAGCUUUUGACUGUUAGUUUAGAGAGAAGGUUGAUUCCUUGCAUUGAAAUUCUCAGGAAAAUCUUGGUCGAUGAUAGGAAUAAUGGAGAUUUAAUUAGGGUUUUGAGGAGGUGUAAUUGGGUUGCCGCAGCGGACCCCAAUUGGAGAUUGUUGAAUAAUGUUUCUUACUUUGAGAGUUGUGGCAUUGUUGGUUCUCAACUGUCUAUGUUGUUGAAGCGACAACCUAGGUUGUUUACUAUGAAGGAAACUAAGGUUAAAGAGAUUGUUCAAAGGGUUUUAGAUAUGGGGUUUUCAGUCGAUUCAAGAAUGUUGGUUCACGGGGUUUAUACAAUUAGUUGUAUGAGUGUGGAGACUUUUGAGAGAAAGUUGAAACUUUUUAGGAGUUUUGGGUUUUCAGAUAAGGAAUGUAUGGAGAUUUUUAGGAAGGCACCUGCAUUGCUUAGGGCAUCCAGGGAGAAGUUGAUAUUAGGACUUGAGUUCUUUCUGAAUGAGGCUGGAAUUGAGAAGGGGGUGUUGAUUCAUAAACCAACGUGUUUGAUGUAUAGUAUUGUGGAUCGAGUUGUUCCUCGUUAUAGAGUUUUGCAAAUUGUGAAUUCGAAGAGGUUGGUAAAGAAGGAGCCAAGUUUUCUUUAUGUGUUGAGUUAUUCUGAGCUAGAAUUUGUUGAGAGAUUUGUAGCGAGAUUCCCGGAUAACGCUGAGGAAUUGCUUGUAGCUUACAAGGGUCAUAUGUUGGAUUCUCCUUCAUCUUCAUCCGAGAAAGAGUGUUGA